AGUUGGACCACAAAGCAAGCAGUGCCUCUGUGCAGAAAAACACUGAAAAAUACACCGAAGAAGGGGGCACUUCAGCUGAAAACAUGUGCCAUAUUGGAGCUGGGACGCGAACAGCCUAACAGAAACACAGUGGAUCUAGUAUCAGUUGACAGAAGCUCCGGGAGAGACACCGGGCGGACGCUCUCUACUCAGCCGGAGAUUGAGCUCUCUAAAGCGGAUAGUCUCACAGGCAGGAGUCGGUGGGGACGUUCGGCUCCUUGUGCGAUUUUGUGGUUGAUUUACGAGAAACACACCACCGGCACCGUGUUGUGUUAGUUAUUGUCGGACUUGUUACCACAACACAUGGUGGUUAAAUGUGUUGUCUUGGCAUUUAAAAGCAGUUUACGCCGAAAAAGUGUACCACCCGCCGGAUCUCCAUCUCCCGGCGCUCCCUCCCCCUCCUCCGCCAUCAGCGUCACCAGCAGCUCGCUUUGGGUCUCCAGGAGAGGAGGGUCCCCCGCUAACAGUCGGGGUAACUCAACGGACAAACUAUGGAUUAUAUUGUGCGAUUUUCUCAUUGUUAUUAGGCCUUUUUUGGGACUAUUUGUGUCAUUUUUUCAUCUGUUUGCUGCAAGACUUCCCCUAACAGGAGCUCAGCCGUUGGCUUAUUAGCUUGUUAGCAACUGAUGCUAACGUUUGGUAGCUCAAUACCACGAUAUCCCUGCUGGCGGUUAGCACUUUGCUAACUAGCACUAGCACCCAAAAUAUCGAUAUUAGCCCAGCAGGCUAAAACAAGUUAGCUUCGUGGAUUUGGCUUCUGAUUAGUGGAUUGUUUUCCCUUUCUGGAAGGCAAGAGUGUUUACGUUUUCAGGGGGGAAAGCCCUGUAACCCAUGGAGAACAGUUGUUUUUGGACUGACUGUACUGGGGUAUUUUAUAUUUUAUGUAUAAAUAGCUAACGUUCGCUGGGUAAAAAUCACCCGAUCAGUUAGCCCACUGUUAGCGUUUUGCUAACUAGCACCUUGGCUAACUAAACUGAGCACCACAAAUAUCGAUAUUAGCCCAGCAGGGUAAAACAAGUUAGCUUCGUGGAUUUGUGAUUAGUUGAUUACAUCCGUUUAGCUUGUCUUAAUCCUCCUUAAAGUGUUUAAUGACGUCUUUUCGGGCGACAUUUUUGUGUGUGAUUGAUUUAAAGGAAGACAGGAAGCCAGGCAGGCAGCAACAUAAACAACAUAUUUUUGUGCAAAUAUUUGCAUUUUUUUUUUAACCAGCUGAGAUAUUAAGGACAAAGUAACAGCCUUGACAAUUCCACCCUCCCUCUUUUAUUCCUUCCAUUACUGAGAACUACACGUGUCGCUGUUUUAUUACUGCUUUUCUGGAGACACACACAGAAGAAGCCAGUCACAUUUCCACUCUGCAGCCAAAAUUAGAUUUUUUUUCCUUUUUCUCGACAGCAGAGUGUUUACGUUUUCAGGGGAAAAGAAGCCCUGAAACCCAUGCCUCACUGGAGACAAACCAGUCGUUUUUGGACUGAUUUCCAGGAGGAAAGUCCCCAGAGACCUGUAGGAUUUGACAGCUGUCUCCACAUCCAGCAUCUGGUGCAUCUGACAUUACUAUAAAGCGAGCAAGGGGACAGAUCUGUGCAUUAUUUUCUCGUGAGAAACCUGCAUUUUUCUGCACUAAAUGGGAUUACAAAGACGCUGAUCUCGCGGCCCUGCUGACUGUAUAUAUUUCUCGAGGAGUCACCCAAUGUCUCCCCUCCUGAAUUUCCUUUUUUCUGCCACAAUGAUGGUAGUUUGAGGCGGACAGACAACGACACCAUUGCAGCGGAUGGUCACUCUGGCCCUGUCACGCACCUUGGCGCUUGAUGUUGCUCAUAUCUGGAGGAGGACAUUGUUUUUUUAAUCCCAUAAUAUAAUAAAACCAUCCCCAGCCCGGUUAUUUUAUUGAUUUGGUCGUCCCAGGGUCGAAAGAUGGCGGACCUCGAAGCAGUUCUCGCUGAUGUCAGUUAUUUGAUGGCGAUGGAGAAGAGCAAAUCUACUCCUGCGGCCCGAGCGAGCAAGAAAAUCAUCCUGCCUGAGCCCAGUAUUCGCAGUGUGAUGCAGAAGUACCUGGAGGAGAGAGACGAGCUGACGUUCGACAAGAUCUUCAACCAGAAAAUUGGUUUCCUCCUCUUUAAGGAAUUCUGUUUGAGCGAGAUCGAGGAGGGCGUCCCACAGCUCAAGUUCUACGAAGAAAUUAAAGACUACGAGAAGCUGGACUCUGAGGAGGAGAGGCAGAGCCGCAGCCGGCAGAUCUACGACGGAUACAUCAUGAAGGAGCUGCUGUCCUGCUCACAUCCGUUUUCUAAGAAAGCCGUGGACCACGUGCAGAGCCACUUAGCGAAGAAACAGGUUCCCCCGACUCUCUUCCAGCCAUACAUCGUGGAGAUCUGCGACAGCUUGAGAGGAAUCAUCUUCCAGAAGUUCAUCGAGAGUGACAAAUUUACUCGUUUCUGCCAAUGGAAGAACGUGGAGCUCAACAUCCACCUGACCAUGAACGACUUCAGCGUUCAUCGGAUCAUCGGCAGAGGAGGAUUCGGAGAAGUGUACGGCUGCAGGAAGGCCGACACCGGGAAGAUGUAUGCCAUGAAGUGUUUGGACAAGAAGAGGAUCAAGAUGAAGCAGGGGGAGACUCUGGCGCUGAACGAGAGGAUCAUGCUGUCAUUAGUCAGCACGGGGGACUGCCCGUUCAUCGUGUGCAUGACGUACGCCUUCCACACCCCCGACAAGCUGUGCUUCAUCCUGGACCUGAUGAACGGCGGUGAUCUGCACUACCACCUGUCUCAGCACGGUGUUUUCAGUGAGAAGGAGAUGCGUUUCUACGCCGCUGAGAUCAUCUUGGGUCUGGAGCACAUGCACAACCGCUUCGUCGUCUACCGAGACCUCAAGCCAGCUAAUAUCCUGCUGGAUGAACACGGCCAUGUUCGUAUCUCCGACCUCGGCCUGGCCUGCGACUUCUCCAAGAAGAAACCCCACGCCAGUGUAGGGACUCAUGGCUACAUGGCUCCAGAGGUCCUGCAGAAAGGCACGGCGUACGACAGCAGCGCAGACUGGUUCUCUUUAGGAUGCAUGCUCUUCAAACUGCUGCGAGGGCACAGUCCCUUCAGACAACACAAGACCAAAGACAAACAUGAGAUCGACCGCAUGACGCUCACCAUGAAUGUGGAGCUUCCUGACUCGUUCACUGCAGAGCUGAAGGACCAGUUGGAGGGUCUCCUUCAGAGAGACGUCUCCAAGAGGCUGGGCUGCCAGGGGAGAGGAGCCCCGGAGGUGAAGGAGCAUCAGUUCUUUAAAGGGAUCGACUGGCAGCAGGUCUACCUCCAGAAGUACUCCCCUCCUCUAAUCCCUCCCCGGGGAGAAGUGAACGCUGCAGAUGCUUUUGACAUCGGCUCUUUUGAUGAAGAGGACACUAAAGGCAUCAAG